AUGUCGGAGACGGAGAGAGAGCGUCCGUUAUUAGCAACGGAAGAGAGAGCUUACGAAGAAUCCGAGAAAGUUCACAUAGUCGGAGUCGACGAAGACUCCGAUUACGACGAGCUCGGAAACUCACCUCGAUUCUCGUGGAAGAAGCUAUGGCUAUUCACCGGACCUGGGUUUUUAAUGAGCAUCGCUUUUCUCGACCCAGGUAAUCUCGAGAGCGAUCUUCAAGCCGGAGCAAUCGCGGGUUACUCUCUGAUUUGGCUAUUGAUGUGGGCAACUGCGAUUGGGCUUCUGAUUCAGCUUCUCUCUGCUCGUCUCGGUGUCGCGACGGGUCGACAUCUCGCGGAGUUGUGUCGGGAAGAGUAUCCGACUUGGGCAAGGAUGGUGCUUUGGAUUAUGGCUGAGAUUGCUUUGAUCGGUGCCGAUAUUCAGGAAGUUAUCGGUAGUGCUAUAGCUAUUAAGAUCUUGUCUAAUGGUUUGAUUCCUCUUUGGGCUGGUGUUGUAAUCACUGCCCUUGAUUGUUUCAUCUUUCUAUUUCUGGAGAAUUACGGAAUAAGGAAGCUAGAAGCUGUGUUUGCUGUUCUGAUUGCAACAAUGGCUCUUGCAUUUGCUUGGAUGUUUGGACAGACAAAGCCUAGCGGAACGGAGCUUCUUGUUGGAGCAUUGGUCCCAAAGCUCAGUUCAAGGACUAUAAAACAAGCUGUUGGAAUCGUGGGAUGUAUCAUAAUGCCUCACAAUGUGUUCUUGCAUUCGGCACUAGUGCAAUCGAGAGAAGUUGAUCCGAAAAAGAGGUUCCGGGUCAAAGAAGCUCUCAAAUACUACUCGAUUGAAUCCGCCGCUGCUCUCGCGGUUUCCUUCAUAAUCAACGUCUUUGUGACCACGGUGUUUGCGAAAUCGUUUUACGGGACAGACAUAGCGGACACUAUCGGUCUUGCAAAUGCGGGACAGUACUUGCAGGACCAAUACGGAGGAGGGUUUUUCCCGAUACUCUAUAUAUGGGCGAUCGGAGUAUUAGCUGCUGGUCAGAGUAGUACCAUCACUGGUACUUACGCCGGACAAUUCAUAAUGGGAGGGUUCUUGAAUCUCAAGAUGAAGAAAUGGGUUAGAGCCUUAAUCACAAGAAGCUUUGCAAUCGUCCCGACAAUGAUCGUCGCGCUUGUCUUUGAUUCUUCGGAUUCAAUGCUCGACGAGCUUAACGAAUGGCUAAAUGUUCUUCAGUCUGUUCAGAUCCCUUUCGCCGUGAUCCCUCUGCUUUGCUUGGUCUCGAACGAGCAAAUCAUGGGCAGCUUCAAAAUCCAACCUUUAGUCCAGACAAUCUCAUGGAUUGUAGCUGCUCUUGUGAUUGCCAUAAAUGGGUAUCUAAUGGUGGAUUUCUUCUCAGGAGCUGCGACGAGUGUGGUUUUGCUCGUGCUCGUGAUCAUAUUCGCGAUUGCGUAUGUAAUGUUUGUGCUUUACCUUAUCUCAAGAGGCCUCACUUACACUCCUCGGCAAUUAGUGGCUUCACAGAAAGAAACACAGAGGGAUGAUGAGUGA